GCACUGCAAGUCGAACCCCGUUUCCACGUUAGCCAGGAUGCGCUAGAAUCGUCAGCAAUGAUUCACUCGACUUUCUAUGACAGACUGUCAGUGAUACUGUGAUAGCGACAGUCAGAAAUAUUCUGUCUAAAACGGCCCGGGUGGGGAAAAAAAUGGACCCGUGGAAAAAGGAAGAUUCGAACAGCCACGCGGAUCUACCUGGGGAAAAAUUCGAGGACGAUUUUGUCGAAAAACUAAAUCUCCCGGACUCCGCCGACUACCUCGCAAGGCUAGAAAGGAAGCUUGCGUCAGCGAAAAGCAAAGAUAAAGGUCUCCUCGAGUCGCUUGAGAAGACGAGACAGGACUGCAUCGUGAGGCUCCUCACGGAAGACGUCACUACAUCGGAGCCGAUUGCCGACGAGGACAUCCCGACCAAGUGGCUCAAAAGCUAUAUCAACCCGCAACAGGCAUUAACAGUUGGCGAACUCGUCGAGUUGGUCAAAGCCGACCAUUUGGCCCAAGCGUCUGACGAAAGUCAAAUUGAACAACAAGAUGGGCAAGCUUAAAGGGAAAAAAGCGUUAUGCGUCGUGACUGGCGGCAGUCAGGGCAUCGGUCAAUGCAUCGCUGUUGAAAUGUCGAAACUUUUUUCACCUGGGUCCAAAAUUCUCCUCGUAGCAAGGUCGAAAGAAGGCAUGGAAAAAACACGUCAGCAGAUUUUAACCACAACAGAAGACAUGUCUGUCAAGAAUUAUCAGUUUGAUCUGUGCAAGCCUGAAUAUGACAAAUACAAUGAGAUGUUUCAAGAGAACAACGGUGAUUACGAAGUCGCCAUUCUGGUUCACAACGCCGGAUCAGAAGGAAAUGGCCGUUUUGCCGUAGACAUGAACGACUUUGAAGAAUGGCAGAAACAUAUGGCUUUGAACCUUUAUUCUGUCACGAUGAUGACAUCGGCGUUUCUGAAAGUCUAUACUAACUUGAAGUCUAAGACAAUUGUGAAUAUCACGUCUUUAGCUGCGGUUCAGCCUUUCAAGUCGAUGGGUUACUACUGCGUGAAUAAAGCUGCGAGGGAGAUGUACUUCAGAGUUCUCGCAGAGGAAAACCCCGAGCUUGAUAUCUUCAGCUAUUCUCCAGGCCCAGUCGAGACGGAUAUGGUUACGAGGUUAGUGGACAAAGUAUCGGAUCCUGAAGUCAAGAGCAUGUUUAAGACAAUGAAGGACGAAAGCAAGCUCGUAAAAGCGCAGGAUACUGUCAAGAAACUUCUUGACUGCUUGGAAACAUCUGAGUAUAAGUCAGGUGGAAGAAAAGAUUAUUUUGAUAGAUAAUUGAUGUAACAAAAUGUUUAAAAAACUAAAAAUGAAAAUACCCUUCUUUUUUAAAUAAAAUAUAUUAUUUUAAAAUCAAAUAAGUAUCUCGUAAUGUUUGAAAUACCAUACUGUGUAAUAGACUGAU